ACCGUCGAGCCUCCAGAGGGCGCUAAAUAAACCGCUUCAACUGUGGCGCAGCGGCUUGAGAAGAAGAGCGAACAUCAUCCCUGUGCAGGAAAAGGGAAGUCCCAGGAAUGCCGAAGAAAUUCCAGGGUGAGAAUUCCAAAUCGGCCACAGCGAGGGCCAGGAAGGCUGAGGCCAAAGCAGUCGCUGAUGCACAGAAACAGAAGGAUCUGGAGGAUGCGCUCUGGCAAGAUAACGACAAACAUGUCAUGAAGAAAGAGCAGAGGAAGGAUGAUAAGGAGAAGAAGCGUUUGGAGGCUCUGGAAAGGAAGAGAGAAAAGCAAAGGCUUCUUGAGGAAGAAGAUGCCAAGAUAAAGGGUAAACUGACAAAAGAAGCCCCCAGUAAAGUGACUCGAGCUCAGAUCGAGGAGAACCUACAAAAAGGGCAAAAUGUUAAGGAAAUCAAGGAAACCAAGGAAAAAGAAAAAAGCCACUUGGAUAUGCCACUUGAGGAGAACAUCAAUCGGAUAGUUCCAGAAGAAGGCACGGUGGAGGCCCGAACCAUAGAGGAUGCCAUCGCAGUUCUCAGCACUAAGGAAGACCUGGAUCGACACCCUGAGCGGCGUAUGAAAGCCGCCUACGCUGCAUUUGAAGAAGAAAAUAUGGCACGCCUUAAAAUGGAGAACCCCAAUAUGCGACUUUCCCAGCUAAAACAGCAGCUUAAGAAGGAGUGGACGAAGUCUCCGGAAAACCCCCUCAACCAACGCGUGGCCUCCUACAACUCCAAGUAAACCAACACAAUGGCACUUAAAGACUGACCCUCGACGCAGAUCCUAAUGAAUACAAAAAAGGCACCAUGAUUAAUUUGGACACACACAAUUAACACAUGUACUGGUGAUCUAUUCACACCCCUCGCCUCUUACAUGAACUCAUAGACAAACUUGGAUUAUUUAACUAAUUAUUCAAUAAAUAUCUCAUGAUGUAUGAACAGCAUACAACCUAAUUUGCUUAUCUGCUAGACCACAGACUAUCAAGAGCUGCUGGGAAGUUUUUAGUUUUGGUUUGGAGUGAAUGCAGAGUGGAUUCUUCUCAGCUAGCACAUGUUUCUUCCACAUAACAUGUUUUACUGCAGCAGUGUCAAGCCCAUUUAUUAAUGUCUCCAUCUGAUAUGCUGCACAUGAGCUGGAGUGUGGUUAACCUGAGGCAAUUUUUUUUUUUUUUUUAAGUGUCUGUGUGAAGAUCUUUAGGGUUCAGCUUCUGGUUUGAGAUUUACGGAGAAGAGAAAGGUGGUCUGAUAAUUGCCCUUAGUUAAGAUGAUGGUAGGGAUUUUUUUUUUUUUGAUUGAUUGAUCUUACAUGACUCCUUGUUUUGAAACUGCACUUUGGACCCUGGAACGAUGUCUCCACAUUCCAAAAGCGAGUGGACUAAUAACCGUUGGAUUCCCAUACAUGCGUGUCAAGUAGUGUUAACACACUCAAUGCUUUGCUCCGCAUCUGGAGGAGGACAAACACUUGGAAAAAAUAAAUAAAGAAGGAAGAAA